AGCUUCUCUGCUGCAGGAAGAAACCGGUCGGCCUGCAGAGAAAAGAAGAAGAAACUGGAUGUAAAACUGAAGCUGCUGCCAGGAGGAACAAAGAAAAAGAAAGUUGAAACUGCCUGGAUUUAUUUUCUGCUUCUGAAAUCAAGAAGAAAAAGUGAGGAAAGAGGAAGAAUCGGCCAAAAGGAGGACGCAGAGAUGCAAAUAAAGAUGGAAUAACAGAAGAAAACUGCUUGUUUUUUCUGCAAAAACGUGACAAAAAGGAAGAAAUUAAAAGUAGAUAAAGGAGAGACUGGUUUUAUCUGAGUGGAAGAUGCUGCAGUUCUCUCAGCUUCAGGUCUAGAUAGAAGAAGAAAAUAAAGCAGAAGAACAACAAACAGAACAAGGAGGAGGAGGAGGAACAUCAUCAUCUUCUGGAGAACAACCAUAGCAAAAGUUCAACCACAGAAAUGAUCCAAAAGUGAAGAAAUAAAGACGAGGAGGUUUGGAAAUCAGAAAAAAACCCCACAGAAAACAGAAAAAGGAUGAACCAGGAGAAGCAAGAGUAGAAAAAUAGAAACCCGUGAGAAUAAAAGCAGGAUUGAUCAGAUUUACAGAGAAGCUGAUUGCUGAGCUUCUGAUGAUGGAGUUUCUUCUCCUCCUGCUGCCCGUCGUCGUCCUCCAGGCGGCCGACCCGGCGGCCAGCUUGUCUCCGGCCCGGUUGGAGCGUUGGGUCCGGUCGGGCCUCCAGUCGCUGCAGUGGGACCAGCUGGACCGGUGCCUCCGAGUGUCCUCGCUGUCCGAGUCCGAGUGCCGGAGACUCGCCCACCUGCCGCCGUCCGCCGUCGCCGUCUACGUUUCAGAGCCUCCAACGGCUGCAGGUUCUCCAGAUAAAGUCGUCUCCAUCCUUCCCGACUCCUCCGGAGGUUCGGUGGGUUCGAAGCCUCGGGGAGGUUUCGGUGUCGGUCCGGUUCUGAACGGAGGCGAAGCUCCUCUUAGACACCAGCAGCCUCUGACCGGAUCCACGGCCCACGACGCUGUUCUGGUUUUAGACCUGAGUCCCGGAGAGAACUUCGGACACCCAGUGGUUCUGUUCUACGUGGACGUAAACGUGACCAAGAAGAGGUGCUCCCACCUGGACGGCAUCUACCUGGGUGAUGAGUGUCUGACUCUGGCUCUGAAGGGUCGCUGUCAGAACCAGCUGAAGCGUCGCCAGGCCGCGCCGGAGAGGCUCAUGGGUAACGGUCGGCUGGGGGGCGGAGCUCUUCGCGGCGGCUCCAUUGGCGCCGGCGGUGGAAGCCGUCUGGUGGAGCGAACCAUCGGAGGACUCUGUGAGGUCCACUUCCUCCCCCUGGUGGUCCGAGUCGGAGACGGCAACCGGACGCAGAGGCUCAGAUGUGUUGAUCAUGCAGAGUUUGCCAGGUGUCCUCAGCCGCUGCCCAUCAGUUCUCCCAGUUUGCCGGUUUCAAGCUGCGAACUGAACAAAAACACCCGACGCUGCCACCAGCAGCCUCUGGCCACCCACCUGUCCUGCCGCCUGUACCAGACCUGCGACCACGCCGUGCUCAUCUCAGGCGGCUGGCGGCAGCAGAUGACGUUCCAGCGUCACGUCCAGAACCUGCAGAGGUUCUACAAAAUGCUCCGGAACAACGGCUUCCACAAAGAUCACAUCAAGACCUUCUUUGCCAGCAGUGGGCAGCUUCCAGACGAUGUCGAGGGCGUCUACUCGGCGACGGAGAAGGCAGUGAUUCGUAACCAUGUGUCGUAUGUCUGCAGGAAGCAGCACUGCGCUGAUACUCUGGUUCUGUACCUGAACUCACCGACACGCAACGACGGCACCAUGCUGCUGUGGGACGCCAACCUCAACGGCAUCGCUGAUCUAAAGGAGCGAUACUCCGUCAACGAGCUGCUGGCCGACCUCGCUGGCUGUAAAGCUACUCGUGUCCUGCUGUUCGUGGAUCAGAGCUACAGCGGCGUUCUGUCCAAGAGGCUGCGAGGAUCCCAGAAACACCUCAAUGUGGUUCUGAUCCAGAGUCUGGCCCGGCAGAGCCAUGCCCAGCAGACCCAGAGGUCGAGUCCAGGCUGGGAGGACAGCAGCUGGGCCUUCAUCAGCCCCUCCACCUGCCUGCUGGACCACCUGGGGAAGGGUGCAGCGAUGUCCCGCCUCCUGGAGCCGUGGGCCGGUCUGUUGAACGUGACGCUGGCCGGCGCCCCCUGCAACGCCACGCCGCCGCUGACGGACGGCGAGUUGCGACGGGAGUACCAGGGCUGCCAGAACCUACCGACGGCACUGUGGCACCAGAAGCACCGACUGAGGACCGACUGAGAUGCCGACAACCGACACAGACGCACACCGGCGACACAAACCUGUGUGUUGGUGGACGCUGGUGUGUGUUUUAUGUCCUAACUCUGAACUUAGACUGUAACCAUGGAGAUGACAUCCCAGCGGGGGAGUCCUGAACACCAUGUGACCAUUGUGUGCUCGUUGCGAGUGUGUGUUUGUGAGUUCAGCAAGAGGACAGAUGCUCUCAGAGAUUCACACCGGGUCAGUGUGUAUCUGUGUGUGCUGCAGUGUGUGCUGUUGUGUAUGUUAAUGUGUGUAAGUGUCUGUGUGUGUGUUUGUGCCGCAUCUCCUGGGCACUUUCACAUUUCAGAUCCAAUAAUGUGUCUCUAUUUUUGUCUUUACAACAGUUUCCCAGUCCACCUUCUCCCUUCCUGCUGCCUUGGUCUUUUUUCCUCAGUCUCUUACGUUUGUUUUGGUUUCUGCCUCAGAUUUUUCCGACACCGACAUGUCCAAAAUGACUCGAAAUAUGUCCAAAAUACCACAAAAGGUGUCACAAAAAAGCUAAAAAAAAUGACUCAAACGUCAUCCAAUGCCACAACAACUUGUACAAAGAGACUUAAGGAUGAUCCGAUGUCAUAAAUACCUGUACAAAAUUAUCCAAAAAUGCAAUGACAAAUGAAAGAUUUGUCUAAAAUCACUCAAAACUGCUACCGAAUGACAAAACUUGUCUGAAACAACUCCAAAUGUGCACAAAAUUGUCAAAAAGUGUCCAAUAUGACAAAAACUUGAAAUCAAAAAUGACUCGAAAAUCAGUCCAAAACAUCUCUAAAUUUGUCCAAUGUGACAAAAUCUUGAACAAAGCAACUCAAUGAUUAUGCAAAAGAGCAAAAACCUGCACGAAAUUAUUCAAAAAUGGAUGAAUGUGACCAAAUUUGUCCAAAAUGAGACAGAGAUGGUCCAAAAUGUCUCAAAAUUUGUCCACUGUGAUAAAAGUCUGGACAAAAUCACUCAAAGACUGUCUAAAAUGUCUUAAAAUGUGUCCGAUGUCACAACAACUUGUACAAAGACAUUGACAAAUCAGAAAUGGUCUAAUGUGACAACACGUGACCAAAAUGACUCAAACAUUAUGCAAAAUGACAAAGACCUGAACGAAGUGACUCCAAAAUGGACGAAUCUGGCCAAAUCUGUCCAUAAUGAAUCAGAGAUGGUCGAAAAUGUCUCAAGAUAUGUCCAAUGUGAUAAAAAUUUCAACAAAAUGCCUCAAAUAUUUUGCAAAAUGACAAAAACCUGGAUAAAACGAUUCCAAAAUAGACAAAUGUGACCAAAUCUGUCCAAAAUGAAUUAGAGAUGGUCCAAAACAUCUCAAAAUAUGUCCGUGUUCAAAUUUCUGGUCUUCUAUUAAAUGUCAUUAACAGAAUCGAGCAGAGUUGUGUGAGAAGUCGGGAGGUUAAAGAUUUAGAGGGGGUUUUACUCUGAUGUUGAGGACGGAGCGACUGAGGCGGGAAAUGGGAGACAGAUAUGAUUAAGAUAUGAAGCACUGAGGCUGCCCUCCUGCUACACGGACUGGAAGUGGCUUUUUAAUAAGACACGAGUGUGUUUUUUUUGCGCUCCGACACGUGAAACACAAACAGUAUUAACCACUAAUGAUGUCGUCCUCCACUGUCGCUGUGAUUCCUGUCUUCUCUCUCCAGUAGCCACAACACGACUGUGUCAUUGUACUGACGUUACAUUAGAGGUUUGUCCGAGCUGCUCAGGACGUUUCUGACCAGUCAACGUGUGCAUAUUCACAGUUUGUGUAUUGAUCUGUACAGAGUGUGAAAUGGAAUUUAGCUCAGACGGUUCUAGUUGCAUGCAGCAAAUCACAGAGUAUAGUCAAUAAAGUGCUAUUAGAAACCA